GACACUGUCUGGCGGCCAAGCGGGCUGGCUGCGGGCGGCGGCGGCAGCGGAUGGGGACCUUGAGCCGGCCGGUGGCUACGGAGGCGGCGGCAGCGGCAGCGGCAGGGGCAGGGGCUGGCAAGCUGACGGGACAGCGGCAGCGGUGGCGGCGCUGGCGGCGGUGACAGACCCAGGCCCCGGCAGCAGCGACGAGGUGGCGGGGGCUGGCUGCAGCGGCCGGAGCGAGCAGCCCGCGGGGUCGUGAGGGCGCCAGGCCGCCCCCCUAGCCCAACCCAGCCCCACGCCUCCUAGUCUCCCCCCAGCCCUCCGGGGCCCCCAGCAGCCGGGGCCGUGGAGCACCGGGGCAAAGGCCGGGGCCCCCCCAUGAAGGAGCGCGACUCAGCCCCGGCCGAGCGGGGCAAGCCGGCCACCUACACCGGGGACAAGAAGGCGAAGAUGGCGGCCAAGACCAACAAGAAGUGGGUCCGGCUCGCCACCGUGUUCGCCUACGUGCUGUCCGUGUCCCUGGCCGCCAUCGUGCUCGCCGUCUACUAUAGCCUCAUUUGGCAGCCGGUGGGGGCCGGCACCUCGGGGGGCUCGGGCGGCCCGCCCCCCGGCCCCUCCAACGCCUCGGCCACGGCGCCGGCCGGGACCUCGGGGAGACCGGCGGGGGGCCCCAACACCACGGCCUCGCCGAGGACCGAGGCUCCCGGAGACGCGCCCCCGCUGCAGAGCCCCGGGCCCUCGGCCCGGCUGCUCAACCCGCCCGGAGAGCAGCGGCGGCAGCAGGACCCAGAGGACGAAGCGCCGGCGGCGGCACCGGGGAGUAGCUGA